CGGGUUUAAACCCGGUGCUUUGGUAAAAACCCAAUAAACACCCAUAAACUCCCAUAAUCACCCAAAAAAAUAGGUUUUUACGUAUUUUUUUGAAAAUAUGUAAGUAAUACCAAUAAAUUAUUUUUAUAAAUUGUAUUGAUCAAUUCUACAAUAUUAAAUAAAACGUUAACUAAUAAUAUUUCAGGAAAUUUUAAAAAUCUAUAUAUAAUAAAAUGAAAGUAAUUAAUUUUCAGUGUUUUCAUGUUGCAGUUGAUCAACAUGUUGGCCUUUUGCUUCCCGUAGAUACUUUAAAAUUUCUUCAUAACACCUCGUUCGCACACAUGGCCGUAUAUAUUUAAAUUCUUGAGCCACUAACAGUCCGAAAUACUCAUUUCUUUUAUCCUCUUCUCCAUAAAUUAAGCAUUUAGAACAGUUUGUUUCUUCUUUCAGUAAAUUUUCUUUUACUUUAUCCUCGUUUUUUUCUUUGUUGCGACGACGCUGGGUAAAUCAUCUGGACACUGGGUCUCACUAUCGCCAAAUAUAUUUGGAGAUCGGCUUCGGCUACGGCUUGGCAGACAUUUUUUUCUUUCUACAAUUUUAAAUUAAAUUUAUUAGAAUAAAUGCUUCGAACACACGCGAUCUAAGUACCUUUUGUGUUUAUUAUACCUUACCUACCUAGGUAUAAAAAGAGUACUUACGUAGAUUUUCUUUUAUUAACUGUUUUAUACGAAGAUCUUGAUCUCUCAAAUUAGCAUCCAUUUUACUUCCAGUGAUUAUCAACUAAAUUAAUAAUCCACAAAGUAUUAAAUAACGUUUUUAUGAAAUAUUUAGCACAAAAACAAUACCCUUUAAAUAUCGAUCGUCAGUAACUGUGGCUGACUUACCUAUAUUCUAGCAAGCAGGACUGCCAGAUGUGAAGGGGAAAUCCCCAAUAAAUUGUUGCAUGUGACUGAUGAUGUGAGCAUGUUCGUUUCAUAAUAAAAAUGUUGCCAGGUAACCAAAAAGUCGUAUGUUUUUGUGCGAAUUACGAUCAUAAUCUUUACGAUCGUACAUUAAAAAAUAGACAAAUAAUAGUAUGAGUACGAUUUAAAUCGUAUAUCUGUCAACCCUGCUAGCAAGACAGCGACAAAAUCACGUUGCAUAACAAUGUAGCCCAAGCUUAUAUCUUAUGAAAUAUACGGAAGAGAUACGGACUUAGAAAAAACAGAAAUGUUGUUCUUUGUGGAAGUCAUUGAUGAAAUUCUAUGUAUUUUAGCCCGCAAACUUUCUUCAAACAAAAACAGCGCCAUCUAGUAUCGAGUUCUGUAAUUAUCUCUUUGUUUAUGGAUUUGAAGUAAGACCGCCACGCAUGCAAUACAUUAUGACUGGGGAUUCCCCUAUUCGUCGACGCUGAAUAUGAGGCGACGACAAUCACUGUCAAACGUGUUCACUAUUACUCUGACUCUGGUAACGUGACUUCCUGGUAACGUGUUAGGUAGGAAAAGCAGUAAAAAAGUGCAUAUUAAGGGAGCAGAUUUGAAAUAAUAUUUAUACUUAACAAGAAAUAAUUAAAGGUUCAAUGGGGAGACCUAAAGAUUUACGCAUAUGGGAGCACUACCGUACUUUACCAAACAAGUCUGUUUCUUGCAAGCUUUGUAAUAAGGUCUACAAAUUCAGUAAUGCUGCCAAAAUGCUUCAACAUCUUAUCACUUGUCCAAAAUCUCCAGAAACAUUAAAAGACUCUAUGAAACUUAUAAAAGAUAGCUCGUCCAAAACCAAAAUGUCUGGACUGUCAGAGAUAGAGACAAAUGAUUCUUUUAUAAGCCCCUCGUCGUCUGCUAACACUACAAUAAAUGCUGAGUUUCAAGACACCGAUGAUCAUAUAAAAACAGAAUUAGCGAGAGCUAUAUUUGUAACAGGGACGCCAUUAUCGAUGGUGCAACAUCCUUUAUGGAUACAAUUUUUCGAAAAAUUGCAACCAAAAUUUAAAAUACCUUCACGUAAAGCUUUAGCGACAAAAUACUUAGAUAAAAUAUAUAGAGAAAUGCGUUUUGAGUUAAAUGAGGAACUAAAUGCUUGUAGUUACUUACACCUUCAGUGCGAUGGCUGGUCUAAUUUAAGAAAUGAAGGAAUAAUAAACUUUCUUAUAUCAAAACCUCAACCUGCAUACGUUAAAAGUUUGAAUACAGAAAGUAAUCCUCACACUAGUGAAUACCUUAGCCAAGAAGUUGAAAAAGUAAUGAAAGUGUAUGGAGCAAAUAAGUUUCUUGUACUUAUUGGCGAUAACGCUAGAAAUAUACAAAAGGCAUUCGAAUUAACAAAACUCAAAUAUCCACAUGUUGUUCCUCUCGGUUGCUGUGCACAUAUCCUUAACUUGUUGUGCCAAGAUAUUGUAAAGAUACAAGAAGUAACUGUGUUUAUUAUGCAAGCCAUAAAUAUAAUAAAAACUGUUAAAAGGAGUCAACGAUUAAGUUCCUUGUUGAUAAAAUCAAGGCAGGGUGAAGAUUCUACACAAACACUAAAAUUGCUUUGUGCUACAAGAUGGGGAAGUCAUGUUACUUCGUUAAAAAGUUUGAAAGCAAAUAAGAUAGCUUUGCAAAUAUUAACAGUUAGAGAAGAUGUGGUAAUUUCAAGAGAUAUUAAAGAUUUAAUUCUAAGUGAUGAUUUCUGGACGAAGACAGGGGAAUGUAUAAGUAUUUUGGAACCAGUCACUGAAAGCAUAUUUUACUUAGAGAGCGACCAGAAUCGUUUGCAUCGCACAUACAUUACAUUUAGAGAUGUACAAGCUAAGAUACGUUUUGCAUUAAAUGAGAUUUCGACAUUGAGCGAAGAAAGCAAACAGCAGAUUCUAACAUCAGUAUCUUCAAGAUGCAAUAUGGCAAUGAGGCCAAUACAUUUUGCAGCAUAUAUUCUAGACCCCAGGACUCUAGGAGUCGAACUUACUCAAGAGGAAGAACUUAAGGGUAUGGAGUUUAUCUACAAUUUAAGCCAACACUUAAGUUUGUCAAAUGUAAUGGCAGAUUUGGCGUGUUAUAAAGCUAAAGAAAACUUUUGGGCCAGAGGAUUUGUAUGGAGCUCAUUAGAUAGCAUUGAGCCCCUAAUAUGGUGGAAAGGUAUUUGUGGUUCCACUGAGUUAAGCAAAGUAGCGAUUCGUAUUCUAUCAGCUCCCUGUACUUCGGCAGCCACUGAGCGUUCCUUUAGUAUCCAAGGCUACAUAAAUAAUAACAAAAGAAAUCGACUUACAACUGAAAGAACUGAAAAAAUUUCAUUCAUUUGUUAUAACUGGAAUCUUAAACAUAAAGCUGAAUGCGAGGACAUUCAGUUUAAUGAAGAAAAUACCUUAGAAGCUUUCAUUGAGCAAGUAAAUGAACAUAACAGUUUAGACGAAAUAGAGCCUAUCGAACCUAUACAAUUCAUCGCUUGUAAUAACUCUGAAUCUGACAGUGAUUGACUGUAGUUUUACAUUUUACUUUCAUCUCUUUCUUAAUAAACUCAAAAUCAAAUUAAAAGUUUUUUAUUCUGUAGGCUGCAUAAUAAUAUUGUCUAUGUCCAGUAUAGUGGACGUCUUGCGGCUGAGAUGACGAUGAUGAAGUACAAAAUCAUAAACACCCAAAAAUUUGGGUGUUUAUGGGGUUUAAACCCAAUAAACCCAAAACACCCGGUUUUUACCCACCAGACUUUAAACCCACCCAGGUGGAUUGCCCAUC